AUGCCGUCUACAAAUAAAAUUAAAUCAUGCGGACGUCGUAAACGACUACGUUAUUUUGAAUCAACUACUGAUUUAAUAGCACGGAAAUUAAUCACCUAUGGUGAAGAAUUCAAUCAUAAUCAAGUACAUACAUUGUUAUUAUCACUUAAAUCGCGUAAAUCAUUGGCACACUGUAAACUACGCUGUGAACCAGAUGGGAUACGAUUAAAACGUGCUUCAAAAUUUGGUCCACCACCUCCAAGAAAAUUUUAUCCAUAUAAAGAUAUUGAACGAUAUUAUGUAUUUGAUAAUGAUCCUACAAUACUUAUAUUAGGCUGUGUUGAUCAUGAACAACACAGUCGUUAUUAUGAUUUUUUUAAAUUACCUGAAUCCCAUUAUAAAGAUAUUACAACACUUAUUAAUAAAGCUAGAAGUCAUUCUGAUUAUAUAUUGAAUGAAGAUGAUACAACUUUACCAACACCAGGUGUAUAUUCAUCACAUUCUAGUUUGAAUGUAUCCAAUGAGCAACUUUCACAAAAUAAUAUUUCUAUUCAAGAAACUAUAAAUUUAAAUCAGAAUAAUGAAGUAUCUAUUGAUAACUUACAACAAACAAGUAAUGACAAUAUAACUAAUGCUAGUAUUAAUAAUUUACAAAUGAAUGAUAAUUAUUCACUAGAGAUUCAACAAAAUAUAGAUGAUACCAUACAAAAACAAUCUAUUGAUAAAGAUGAUGUAAUUAUACAUGAUCAUGAUGAAAAUCAUCAAAAUUUAGAUGAACCUAAAGUAAUCAAAUGUGAAUAUGGACCAUGUGAUGAACCAAUAGAAAAUAUUCAAAUAUUGGAUUAUAUGAAAGUAUCAUCAACAUCAUCACAACCUAAUAAUCAGAACAUGAUCCAAGACGAUAGUGAUGAUGACGCUAAUGAUGAUGAUGAGGAUAAUGAUAAAAAUAGUUUAAAAAUAAAAUUUAAUGAAUUAAAAGAAAAAGAUAAAACAUUUGCAAAAUUGACUGAAAAUAUCAAUGUUAAUGAUUUAUCAGCUGUAGAUUUUCGUUAUGUUUCAACAAAUCCUAAUCAAGGUAAUCGUAUUGUUGAUAAUGGUGAUAUUUAUAUAUUUAUUGCACAUUAUAAAAGACCAGAAAAUAUAAGAAGUUUUAAUAAUUAUAAUGAUUAUAUUGAUAAAACUGAAACUGAACAACAAAUAACUAAUAAAGUAUAUAAGAAAAAUCUUAGUACAGCGGAUAAAUCAUUUUCUCUACGUUAUAUUUAA